AUGGCGACCAUCAAGAAGCGUGAGCACCACCCGCUCAACAACAUGCAUACUUCGGGUAUCUUUUCCGACAUGAGCAUCGAUGGCCCCGAAAUUGGCACUCUAGUGCUUGUUGUCGACAAGGCCAAGAACCUCCCCAACCGAAAAACCAUAGGCAAGCAAGACCCGUAUUGCGCCGCCAGGCUGGGGAAGGAAGCCAAGAAGACCGCGACCGACGUGCGCGGAGGCCAGACCCCCAAGUGGGACCAGGAGCUCAGAUUCACAGUCCACGACUGCCCCGACUAUAACCAGCUCAAGGUAUCCGUCUUCAACGACGACAAAAAAACGGACCUGAUUGGUGAGACAUGGAUCGACCUGCGCGACAUACUCGUAGUCGGCGGCGGCCAGAGCGACACAUGGCACACCCUGAACUUCCGUAGCAAAUAUGCAGGGGAGAUUAGGCUCGAGAUUACCUAUUACGACACGCGUCCGAAGCCCGAGAAGCCAGCUGCGAAGCCAAGACCUGUUGCUUCAAACAGUGAUCUCAGCAACGCUGCUGUACAGCCGGCAGCUGCACCCAAACGCAGACCACUGCCCACGGAACCUCCCAACGGUCCCGUGCCAACCGCUCAGCCUCAACAACCACCGGCACCACAACCAGAUCACAUGCAGACCCCUCCUCGAAAACAGCCAAGCACUCCGUCUUCAUAUGUACCCAAUCAGUCGCCUCUGCAGACCCUAGAAUACAGCACCCCGUCUCCCUCCUCAAGACCAGUGCCAAAAAGCCAUCACAACUCUCCGGCCCCGGCUGUCGGACCGGGUUACGUUACCCCGCCGCAGCACCAGCCACAUGCUCACAGAUAUUCGGACAAGUAUGCAGUCAGGGCAGAGGAGCCGGACUUCGGCGGAAUGGACAACAGGUCCCAGUACUCGGGUAACUAUUCUCAGACCCAUGCCCAGAAUCAGUAUCAUGGGCGUGAUAGGCAAGGGUCACAUGCGUCUUUUGAGCCUGAACGAGACCAAUACGACCCUCGAGGCAUGUCCCCAAUGGAUAACCAUCGGCAGCCGCCGGUGGACGAUGACGAUCGCCCGCCCCCACCUCCAGUGCACAGGAGUCGGGGUAGCAGCGGGGCCGCUGUUGGGGCUCCGGUUGACCUAGCAAUCAGGCCAGGCAGCUUUGAUGGCAGUAUGCGAGGUGCACCUCCAACAAUGAGGCAAGAUGUGUUGCGGAGCGCGGCUCACAGACAGUCGGUGGGUUCUGCUGCGUAUCCUGGCCGGCCGACAUAUAGGCCAUACGACUCCGCUCCAGCAGCCGCUGCUGUUCCGCAACAUGCGGACGAAGAUGGCCACCACCACCAACACCACCAGCAGCAGCCUCCGCCUCGGCACCGAUCAUUUGACACUGGGCACGAGGGGACCCAACGAUCUAUGCAACCGACUGUAGAGGAUGAUCCGGACUCGCCCAACGGGGCGGUGCAAACGUUCCGGAAAAGCACAUCGCGCCACCCGCAGUCUCCCGCGCAAUACAGCGUACCGGAGUACGAUACCACGGCAACGCCCGCACCUCUUAGUCUGAGUGGCCGCAGCAGCAGUGCCCUCGUGCACGGCGGCCCAUCCCCGGCGGUAGCCCAAUCCCCCCACUAUCACCACCACCAACAGCAAAAUGGUCGCCGACAGUCAAAUGGAUACCACCAGGAUGUUGUCACCGGCGUUCCCAGUUACAGCAAUUACGGCACGAGCCCUGACGUCUACCAGUCCAGAGACGGGUACGGGGCCUCUGCAUCGCCACGGAAUAACCGUCAGAGGAGCCCCAGCCCCAAUCCCAUGGUAGACCACUACCAUGUGAGUCCCGGUCCCAGUCCCCACAAGGAGCACCACCCUGCCAGUCCGAUGCCCGGUCGUAAACCAUCCCAGGACCUUUACCAAACGAGCCCCGUGCCCAUAUCUCAUACAAGUCACACCGAUAGCACCACCCAUUACCGCCACGACCCUCGUGACAGCCAACAUCCCGCCCAGCGGAGUCCCGUCUUCUCCGCGCUUCCAGAUGUUCCUGCGUCUCUGGUGCCCGGUGCUGACCCUAGCCUUGCGCUCGAGCUUUCCUCACGAAUUAAUGAGGGGAAGCGGCAAGAGGGUCGUCGCAACUCGGCCAUGGCAAUACCAACUCGCGGAAGACAGAUGAUAGAGUAUAGCCAAGACGGUCCUCCGCCGCAGCAGUUCAGCGGAUCUGUGCCUCAACAUCACAAAUCGUUUGACAAUGGUCCUACACAAGCCAUGUACAACAAUGAGCGCUCGUCAGGAGUUUUGUCAAAACCCCGAUCACUGUCACCUCUUCCAACGCAAAAACAUACUAUCAGGCGCAAAUCGGUAUCCCCAGCACCUCCGCCACCUGAUUCGAGUCGACUUUCGGGCAUGCCCUUCGCUCCCGACUCGUUCGACGAACUCAACCCAAAGGUAGCGGCUGUAAAAGCGGAGAAGAAGAGAGCAAACCCUGAUUUCAAUGAGGCCACGGGCAAGAUCAUUACCCAUGACGGCAAAGAAAUCGACCCCAGCGAUCACUUGCCCAUGGAAUCGUGGGCGCCUGAGCCGGAACCAUAUGAAGAGAGGAAUAAGAAAAAGCCAGAAGGGGGCAUUGGUUCAAGUGGACUGCCGAUUGGACCUUCGGGAAGAAGGCAGCUGAUAAUAGCGGCAGCAAGACCACCAGGGUCGUCCGCUGUGACAUACAGUGGCGGCAGUUCGAGCAGCACGUCGUCCUUUCCCAGUUAUGGAGAGAGCUCGUCGGCUGGACGCAAUAGGCUUCAGAAGAAGACGCACAGCCGCGGAAUGAGCGCCGUGGCAUCCUUCGAGACCGGCGCACCAGGGCCGAGCCCACUGGCACCUAUCAAGGCACCCUAUCACCAGGACAACCACUCGUCGCCCCGUCCGCUACAGAGGGCAAGCACGUUCGAUCAGUUGCAGCAAAAUGAGAAUCACAGCCACGCCCCUCUCGUGCUUUACCAAGGCAGCGGAAGAAACAGCAUGGACCAUCACCAGACUGCAAGUGGUGGAGGUCCGCCCCCAAUCCCCGCCAAGAUUCCAAUGUAUGGCGGCGGAUCACCAAGUCUCUAUGGUGGUGGCGUUGAUCCUGGGGUGCCCGUUAUGAGCGGAGCACUCCCCGCACCCGGACCGCCAGUGGCAUGGAACGGGCGGCACGGUCAUGAUAGCCGAGCCGGGUCAGAGCAAUGGGCACUCAUGGAAGAGAUGAGCAGAAUAGAUAUUGGAACAGGCAGAUCGAGACGGCAUGGGAGUGGCUACUGA